AUGUCACACUCAGGCAACGGCUCACCCGUCUACGAGGAUGACAAGCGAUCUGCGGCCGAGCUGCGGACGCCAGAGCCUGAGGAUGUCCAGGCAACGACCUCGGGCGCGGGACCCUCCCGACUGCGUGAAACGGGCCAUCCCGGAUACUCUGAUGGCCAUCAGCAGGAUCCGUAUGGCUACUCUGCCAUGGCGGGGACAGGCGAACAGGUACCGCAACCACCUUCGUACUAUCGGCGUCGGCCGAGCCGACCUGCCAUCGGUGACGAGUAUGGCGACGACGACUACCGGCAACUCCCCGCCGAGGCAGGGUCAUGGGAGGGGAGAGAAGGCGCUUUCUACAACGAGGCCGAAGCGCCUUACCGGACAGACAUGCAGGACGAGCGGGGCCAACGAUACCACAGUGCCGCGCACCACCCGCAGCCGUACCGACAGCAGAUGCCGGGCUCGGCUCCGUCGGCUCAGCUUCGCGAUGACUACGACCAGGCGCCCUACCGCUACGGAACGGACGCCGAGAGGUCGAGAUACAACGAGCGCCCAAAUGACCGGGACGCCUACUCGACGCCGGGCAUGCAACACCGUGAUCUGGCUGGCUUGCCCGGCUCGGCCGGACCGCAAAUGGGGUAUCCGAUGCGGCAAGGAACCAACCGAGGUCCCGGCGGGGCACCAGAAGGCUUCAGCAAAGUCAGCGACGGACGGCGCUACCGUCUCGUCGUCGUGCAGCAUCCGAACCGAGCGAGAAUGUGCGGCUUCGGCGACAAGGAUCGGCGGCCUCUUAGCCCGACGCUGAUUGUCAAGCUCAUCAUCACCGACGAAGCGACGGGCCAGGAGGUCAGCCCGCUCGAUGUCAAUACCUCCCUGUUCCUGCUCGCCACCGACCUGUGCCACCCGGACGACCUGAUGCUCGCGCCCCGCAACAUCUUGGUCCAUCACAACGCCUUGACUCUCCCUUUCGCGGCGCCCAACUUUGCGUCCGGCGCUGCAUCGCACGCCUCUACGCCAGCGCAGCCACCGCAAGUCUCUGGCGAGCAUGUUGCCAACCCGGAGACCGAGUCGUCCUACGGCGCCGCCGUUGGUCGCGGCGGUCGUUCAGAGAUCGGGGACUUGUCGCAGAACUCCAGCCAGAUCCCAUCCAUCGCGGCGCUCGAUCUUCCAGGCAGGUCGAGAUCCACGUCCGACACGCUCAGAGAUUCGCCGCCCGCCCCGUCGAGGCCGUACAGCGGCAGCCCAGCCCAGGGUAUGGCGCACUCGCCCAUGUUUCCAUCCGCCUUCGCGCACAUGCCCGCCGAGUCCUACACGCGCAAUCUUGUCGGCGCGGCGGUGGCGAGCGCCUCGGUGCUCAAGGACGAGAGCGAAAAAUGGUGCACCUUCUUCGUCUUCCAGGACAUCAGCGUCCGCACCGAGGGCGUCUACCGCAUCAAGCUCAUGUUUGUCAACCUGGAAGUCAACGGACGGGUGGGCACGGGCGUGUCGGAAGCCCUAGCAGAGACGUACACGGAGCCGUUCACUGUCUACUCUCCGCGCAAGUUCCCCGGCAUGCUGGAUCCAACGCCGCUCUCACGCAAGCUGGCGUCGCAGGGCAUUAAGAUCCCCGUGCGUAACGACAAAAAGAAGCAGCGGCGCCGAGCCGAUGACGGAGGCGAGGGCGGUGGCCUCGUUGGCGUUUACGACGAUGAUCACAACGAUGACGACAAUGACGAUGAAUGA